AUGGCUCAACAACCAAGUCCGUCACAGUCCCUCCCUGAUGGCGCGUCAAGAGCCCAUCUACAUGCCAAUCAUAAUUCUAACCCAGACGUACCAAUAGAUCCUUCGAUUUCUCAGGCUAGUCCUACCUAUCCUCCAUACUCUCCCUACGGCGCUGGUCCAGGUCAAGACGGCAUGCCACAAUAUGCGCAGCACCAAGCGCCUCCAUACAAUUACGACCGAGCUCCUCAACCUGGCCCAUGGCCUGGAUAUCCACCUCAGCACCCAAUGCCAGGUCAAUACCAUCACCCCGGUGCAGUAGGUCAACCACCGCCAACCUCUGGUCCUCAGCGACCUGGCCAGGUUUACUCGUUCGUCCCUAUCCCAGGCGCUCAGCAGCACAAGCGUCCACGCCGACGGUACGAAGAAAUAGAAAGAAUGUACAAGUGUGGCUGGAAUGGUUGUGAAAAAGCAUAUGGAACACUGAACCAUUUGAAUGCACACGUGACCAUGCAGUCUCACGGCUCAAAGCGGACACCUGAAGAGUUCAAGGAAAUCAGGAAAGAGUGGAAGGCUCGAAAGAAGGAGGAAGAGAAUGCCCGAAAAGCUGAGGACGAGCGCGCCCGUCAGGCUCACGUUCAGGCACAACAACAAGCCCAGCACAGUGUCGAAGGACAAGGUGCAGAACAUCCUCAGGGUCAAGCAUACCAACAGAACGGCGCUCGACCUUCUCUCCCACCUAUUGGCUAUGGAAACGCAGAUGGCCAACCACAAGGUCAAUACGCCCAGCCAAUGGGAUAUCCACCUCAGGGGAAUGGCAACAUGCACUAUCCCCAAUAUCCCAAUUCACCAUACGGCCAGCAGCAAGGCCAAGUUUACCAGCAACAGGCCCAACCAGGCCAUUACUAG